CUACAGACUCAGAGCUCCUUUUGAUGCAGAGCUCUGUCCUCUACAAUUUGCAAAAAGGUUUCAUGCAGGACACCACAACUUGGCACAAGUGGAAGAAUCCAAAGGCGGCCUGGGCUAGGGAUGGCUACUCUCCAAAGUCCGGUGGAGGGCAAAGAGCUGCAAGCACCACUCGUCCCGCAGGCCGAAGCAGGGCAGCCCCCGUUGGUGCCCGCCGGGAACUACUAUGGAGAGCGGAGAGUCCGCCGCAGUCGCAUGGCGCUUGCCGACCACAUGAACGUCCUAAGCGAUGAGGGGGGCAUUCUGUUGCCCAAGGGGCUACUCUCUCAGGGGUGGGCCGCUGCCAAGGAGGUGGCCAGCAUACCGGUCCUCAGCAGAGACUUUGUGUUUCCAGGCGAGCAUCUCCACAUUUUGGUGCACACCAAGCCCCAGGACCUGCCCCCAUCCGCUCACAGCAGCAGUCGGCCCUCCCUAGUUGUUCCAGCCCGCGACAUCCUCCCUGGCAACGCCGGCUCAAUUUCAGAUGCCACUGCAUCACCCGACGCAAACGCAGCUGUCCGGCCUCCAGGGGCGGAGUCUUCGGCGCAACUGAGAGGCGAUGGAGAGCGGAAUCCUAGCCGGAGGAAUAGUGGAGCACCGCCUUCGGAGCCCCCGUCAAGGGGCCGCGCCGGGCCAGGAUCCGACCCCCCCCGGCUGCUCAAGAGCAUGUCGAGCCUGCGGCGGGAGGGCGCUCUGCGGCGGAGCCAACUGCAGCUGGACAGCCUGCGGCGCUCGCACUUCUUCGUCCAGCUGUCUGACGGGAGUGAGACGAUCCCGAGCCACCGGCGGCAGCGCAGCGCGGGCAGUGGCGGGAGCUUCGGCGCCGGGGGGGUGCCCAACAUCUCGAACCACCUGGUGCAGUUGACCCCCUCGGGGAGCGCGCACACGAGCCGACGGCCGUCGGUGGAUAUGAGCCAACGGGGAGGGGCGGGGGGAGGGGUGGCGGAACUAGGGUGGGGGAGCGAGGGGGGAGUGCAUGGGUGCACCCCCAUCUUCACGGAACAGGGCAAUCUAGACCCCCACCAGGCGGGCGGCCUCGCGCGCGGCGCGCUCCUGUCGCACUGCCUCCCCAGCGGGGAGCUCUGCGUCCUGCUUGACGUCACGGUGGCCAUUCACACCACCUCCGACGUGGCGCUCCUCGAAGUCCUCCAGUUCGAGCGGCUUGACGCACCCCCUGCGCAGUCUCCCAAGCAAGCGCCACUUUCGCGGGGCAACUCAACCGCAAAUCCGCUUACCCCUCCAGAGUUUCCCGCCCCCCCCUCUUUCGACCGGGCUCAAUUACUAGAGCCCUACCCCCCCGAUCCAAAACGGGACCUCCUUCAAUGGCUCCUCCCAAUCGAGAACUCUCGAUCUCCCACCCCGCCAGCAUCCCCCCCCCGCCAAAUGUCGUUCAACUUCGGCGCUGCGGCGGCGAGAGCGGCGGCCGGAGGGGCACCCCUACCGGAAAAUGCGGGCGAGGGGCCUGUGCACGCGGCCGGAAAUCUCGCAAGGGGUGCGCUCGGAAGCGAGGGGCUGCUGAGCUUCAGGGGGGCACCGCUCGAGCCGCAACGGUUUACGCCGCAGUGUGGGUUGGAGGGGCCGCACGUGCCGGGGAAACGGUGGCAAAAGCGCGUGCAGGUACUCCACCCGCUUAUGGUGGAAUCAUAUGGGACGGAGGUCAACGCGGAGCAGCUCAUCUGCGUGUCGGUGGAGAACGUCCUGCCGCCGGUUGGGCCGACGGCUGACGUCACCAUGUACGUGGACUCCAUCAGCCUGGAGUGGCGCUCGGGGGCGCCCGGGAGCGGGCCGCUGCCGGUGCACGUUGCUUGCGUCGAGGUGGGCGACGCCCUAUCUCUUCCCAACCUCCCCCUCCGCCCCGGCGAGCAGCACUUCUUCAUCCUGCGGCCCGCUUCCCUUUUCCCCGCGCCAAAUACGGUCGAGCAGCAUGCCCGGUUCUCAAAAAGGGGGCCCGCCGCCGGAGGACGCGGGACCCCCCCCGAGAGUGCGUUCAGCGAGGGGGGGCUGGAGUACGCGGUGGUCGUUGCGUGUAGAUGCAGCCAUACAGAGUCGAGGCUCUUGUACCGGCAUAGCCUGACCUGGAAACCAAAGACUUCCCGCGAGCUACUGUUGUCGGUGACGUUGGAGGAAGAGGGGCGGAAUCCGUUCACAGCGGCCAAGCAGAGCACGGCGCCUCCGCUGUUCGUCCCCCGGACCGUCACCAUCCGGGCGACCAACUUGACCUCCGCUGAGCUCAUGCUGACGCUCCUGGCGCCCAGCUCCUCGCCCGGGGGACAACAACCAGGCGGCCCCCGCCCCGUGCGCGGGCCAGGGGGAAGGCUCUCGAUCGGCAUCCCGGAAGUUGGGCUGCUGCAAUUGGAGGACCGGGCCGGCAAGCCCGAGCAGAAGACGUACGAGCGCACCGCCUCGUUGCCGCCGAUCCACCGCAUGGAAAGCAUCGUGGGGCACAACCUCAAGCUGGAGGUGAAGCCGCUCGGGAACUCCGUUCCGGUGGGGGCUGCUGGUUCCGGCGGAACAGCGGACUUCGCCACGGGCGCCGCAACAGAGCGGUCGCACCUGUGGCUGCAGAACGUGGUGCCACUGGGCCGCGUUCCGCCGCACGCCACCACCGCGGUCAAGUGCGACCUGCUGCCGCUCUCCGACGGGAUCAUCACGCUCGACACUCUGCAAGCCUGCACGCGAAAGAAGGACAAGAUCUUUGUCCCACAGAGCCCGCUGCAAAUCUACACGGGCCUCGCGCCGCCGGUGCACUCGGCGUUCUCGAAGAUAGAGGUUGCUUCUUGAUGUGGAGAACGGCGGGUUGCCGGACGAGGUACUCGCAUUUGUUUGUAAACGUUGAUUGUUCGACUGACCGCGUAUUGCGAUGUACAGCUACUUAUGCAAUCCUUCCAUGCCUGUGACGUAUGUUGAGGUCG